AAAAAACGCGGUUGCUUUGGUAAAGCGGCAGUAGUAGGUGAAUCAUAGAAAAGAAAUUAUGUCUGCGCUGGAAAACUCGACGGACAUUUGCUUUGCAGGACCCCGAUCUCUGCUCCGGAUGUCCACACCAACUGCUUCUCUCGGGAACCUUCUCUGUGCGGCAAAAAUACCUACUCGGAUCGCUACGACGAUGCAAGUGCUACUUGGGUCGUGCUGUGCGCCCUCCUCAUGUUCUGCAUGAAAGCGGGGUUUCUGUAUGUGGAAGUGUCAUUCAGCAAGCAAGACAAGAGAAGACGAGUUGUUCUUGCUAAAUAUAUUGACAUAUUUGCUGGGACCUUUGGCUUCUGGUUGUUUGGCUAUGCAGUGUCUGGUAACACUGACCAGGGUGCUGUGGGCGAGGAGCAGGACUACAUCUUCUGGUUCUUCAGAGUGAGUCGGCAACAUCUGACAUUUUCUUAUCACUACACACACAAUGACACACACACACACACCAUAUGUCCUUGUUUGAAAUGUGACCACACAGUUUAUUCAGCAGAGGGCACUAAUUACCACGCAACUCUGCAGGCAUGCAUCCCCUCUACACUCACUAUAUUAAUG